GCAUUUCAGCGAACAAGUUGAGUUCUAAAACACGAAGCUGAACCGCAAACUCUCACAAUUUAAGAACUAUUUGCUCUUUAUUUUCCAAUCAUCAACAAUCAGAAUUUCGUUUUCUGUAUGAUUCUACCUAACUAGGGAUUGCAAAACUGUACGACAUCAGUAAUGGAAGAACACAUAUGGCAAUCAGACACGAAUUCAAUGCUUUCGACGAAAAUCGGUCAAGUAAUGAAUACGCUGCUCACUUCUCGACCCAGAAAGCUCGAGGUCGCCAUUACUCGUCUUGGUCCGACCUCGCAGAGAAGUACCGGUGUUUCUGUGGAGGAAUCACUCAGCUUUCUUCGAAAGUACAUCAGUGAUGCCGUUGAUAAAAAGGAGUCGCUGGAUCAGAUUCUCGUUCCCAUGAUUGAAAAUUCAUUGAAGUGCAGGGACUUGAACCACUGCAGCCAAGCUAUGAUACUUCUUAACUGGCUUUUUCAAGAUGAACUUAUUUUCCAGGCUCUUGCAAGUAAUUUUGGGGAAAUUAUAGUGAAAAAGGAGGAUCAUUAUAUUGCCCUCGGCUGGUGUACUCUGAUGCAUGGACUUGUAGACUAUGAAAUUACUAUGAAUAAAUUUUCAAAUUCUGGGAUACGAGAAAGGCGCAAUAUUCUAUUGAAGAUUCUUUGCCCAUCUAUGCCACAUCUUUCAUCCAUUGUAUGUACUGAAAGCACCCUUCAGGAUGGAUUUGAGUUGCCAACCCGCCUUUCAGUAGCUGCUGCUGAUUGCAUUUUAGUUCUGACUAUAGCAUUAACAGAAAAAGCAUUUAUUUCUGAGGUUUCAAUCAGUGGGAAAAAAUCAACUGACUCAAAUGCAGCUGAUCAACUGAUUGCACCUGUAAAUUCUGCUGAUGGUGAGAAGAGAGCGAAAUCAGUCAGGAGAUAUCCCCAAGUCUCUGAAAACAUGGAAUUGGAGUUUUUGCUUUGGGAUCAUUUGGAUGAGCUCAUUAUUCUUGUGCAGAGACUCCAGGCUUGGAGCAGAAAAGGUCGGCCUUUACAUGCCAAAGGAUUGGAGGGAGUGCUGAAGUGGUUGCAGGAGAUAAAGGGGCAUUAUACUUUAGUUCAAGAUGAGGCAGGUGCCAAAACUGUGAAGACUCGAGUGUUGCUGCUCUCUUCUUGUUGGAAGCAUUAUGGUCUGCUUUUGCAGUUACAGGAUCGUAGACUUGCUCAGAAUUACGGGGAAUUGUUGAACCAGUACAUAUCUGGAAUCCAGUUUUACAUGGAUGAGUACACUGAGGAGAGCUUGAAGAAUAAAGAUGGUGGUAUAGAGACAACAAAGUUUUUCCUGAAUUGCAUAGCCCUUCUUUUGGGACGCCUUGACAGCAAGCGAUUCAAAAUUGCAAUGUCAGAAUAUAGAUUGCAGAUAUCACGUCUCCUUUUCUCACAGCUUCAAUCCACUGAUGAAGAUGUAAUAGAGGGGGCUGUGUGCAUCUUGAGGGAAAUCAUUUUGAAGGCAAACUAUUCUUCUUCAACACAGAGCAGUCUUCCUGACACACAGCAUAUGGAAGCAGUGCUACCCUUACUGCUGAACCUUCUGGAUGAGAGAGAGAACCCAGCUAGGGCUGUUGUUUUGCUCACUGCAGAAUGCUGCUCCAUAAAUAGAGACGGUCAAUGCCUUAAAGACGUAUUAAAGCGCAUUGCUUCUGAAAAUCUCUCACAGAGGAGGAAUGCUCUCAAUGUUAUUUCAGAACUUGUUUGCAUGUCUUUGGAGUCAGAGGACUUGCUUUCUCCUCCGAUGUGGCAAGAUAUUGCAAAACACUUGUUGGAGUGUCUUGGAGAUGAAGAGUUAAUGAUACGUGUUGAAGCAUCAAAUUUAUUUCCAAAGAUUGAUCCUUUUCUUGUUCUGCCUGCAUUGGUUCGCCUUGUUUACUCACCAGAUGAAAGAGUCCAAUCAUCUGCUAGUGAUGCAGUAGCUGCGGUGCUCAAGUAUCAUAACCAGAAUGUGAAAGUGAUACUUAUACUGCUUGACUGCCUCAGCAACCUCUGUCAGAGUCUAAAUCUUUCAAAAGCUCCAGGAGAAAUAGAAGGACCAAAGUUGGAUCCAGAUCAAGUGCUCAGGCUGAUCCCAGAAUGGUCAAAAAGUGUUCAAGAUUGGAACAUUAUGAUUGAACCAUUGGUAGACAAGAUGUUUGCUGAACCAUCAAAUGCAAUAACAAUCCGGUUCCUGAGUUGCAUAAGCGAGCACCUGGCAGAUGCUGCUGAUAUAGUUUUGGGCUGUGUCCUCUCAUAUAUGCAAAGACAGGAAGACAGGAUAGAUGAAGAAAUUUUAACUGGAUGGAAGAGUGGAACCUAUACAGAAGAUGAUUCUGUUAAAUUACAGCAUCCUUUGUUUGACCACCUUUGCCCAUUACUAAUAAUCAGGAUACUUCCAUUGAGAGUUUUUAAUGAUCUCAAUUCUGCUGCUAUGUAUGGUCAACUUCUCAAUCAAAUAAUUGUGAAUGGCAUAAGAGAUUUUAAUAUUCAAAGCAAUGAGUGUUUAGCUGCUUUCUUGGUAAACAGGGCUUUCCACAAGUUAGAAUUUGAAGAUGUUCGAAAACUAGCAGCUGAGCUGUGUGGACGUAUUCAUCCCCAAGUGCUCUUUCCAAUUAUUUUCUCCCAGCUGGAGAAUGCUAUAGUUUCUCGUGAUAUACUAAAGAUAAAGGCUUGCUUGUUUUCAGUUUGUACUUCCUUAGUGGUACGGGGCUGGGAUUCAACUCUACAUCCUUUUAUAUGGAAAAUAAGAAAAUUUCUGGAAAUGGUGCUGUUAUGGCCUUCUCUGGAUGGGGAUGAAGUUUCCAAAGCGCAACACGGGUGCAUUGAUUGUCUAGCACUGAUGAUAUGUGUGGAACUACAAGCUCCCGCGUCAUCCAAUGACUCCAUUUGGAUUAACAGUAGUGUUGAAGAGAAGAGUUUAUCUGGGGGUGCUUGCAAGUUAGUCCUCUCUUAUGUGAUCCAGAGAUUAGUAAAUGAUAACUUUGAGCUUGUUCCUCACACCAAAUUGGGUGGUGAGAGUAGUUUGGUCGGCAAUGCAUCAGAUCAUGUUCCUCUUUCUUUUCAACUAUGCAUGGCAAAUGUCCUCAUAAGUGCUUGCCAGAAGAUCUCAAGUGUGAGCAAGAAACAGUUUGCUCAGAGAAUUAUUCCCAUUCUCAUUCACUCAAUUGAGGUGAUGACAAAUUCAGAUAUAAGAGCAGCAUGCCUCCAGGUUCUGUUCUCAGCUGUGUACCAUCUCAAGUCUGCUGUUCUUCCUUACUCACCUGAUCUACUCAAGCUUUCUAUAAAAGCUCUGCAAAAAGGAUCAAUGAAGGAAAGGAUGGCUAGUGCAAAGCUGAUGGCAUCACUCAUGGCGAGCGAAGAUGUAAUUGUGGAGAGUAUAUCAGGGGGGCUACUGGAGGCAAGGUCGGUGCUUUCUAGUAUUUCUUCAAGUGAUCCUUCCCUGGAAUUACGACAAGUGUGUUGGAAGUUGUUGACAUGUAUUACUUCUCCCGUGGACAAUUCUUUUCAAAAUUUGUCCAUAUAGCCAAGCAGGUUUUAAUCUUUCUGGCUAUUUAAUGUGUAUAUAGGAUGUAUAGAUAU